CUUUGAUGAAACUUGAAUUUACAUCUUCAAAUGACAUCUCGUUUGAAGUCAUCAAGGUCUCUGUCAGAUCUAGACUCUUUGAGCUUCUCUACACGCUGUAAUUAUGGAAAAGGAAAGUGAGACAGAGUGGAUCAACUGGAUCUAUACAAGACAAGGAUUUACUUUUAAUGGACCCUCAUUCACAAAUUUAUCCUGUUCUUUUUCCCUCAGCUGUGAAUGACAUCCCUCGUUAUUUUCCUGGAAACAGAGGGAUAUUAGUCCAUCAUUAUCUUCAUAUACCUUCAGUAAAGAAAAAGGACAUUGUGACUCUGCUAAACAGCUUAUGACCUUCCAUCACUUUGCACUCCCCUCUGACCCUGCAUGUGAAAAAAAAACAGAGGUGCAAAACCAUUCAUUUGUCAUAUGUUAAGGAAGCCUUUCUGAGGCUAAACACGUCUCCUGAGGUUUAGUGAAACAGGAUGCCCGGAGCCAGUGGCGUCAACGUCGAGCCCUCCUGCAAGGCCUUGUGUCGAACCCUGGUGUCUCAGAACGGCCUGCAAAGAGAAACUGCUGACAUUUCCCAGUCUGUCCUCUACACCUCACUGAUGGGGCUGCUUCUGGUCGCUGACAAUGAGAAGGAGCAGCUCACCUUAGGAGUUGGAAGGGUCGGCCUUAGAAACAUAGGAAACACAUGUUUCCUGAACGCAGUAGUUCAAUGUUUGUCUCACACACGUGGCCUACGAGACUACUGCCUGCUCAAGUCCUACAAACAGGAAAAGUUCUCCAAAGAGGAUGCUAAACUCAUGGAAGCUUUCUCCCAGGUGCUGUCAGGCCUUUGGGAUGUAAAUGACGGAAACACAGUCAACCCACGCCAGUUUUACAGUAUUUUUAAAGAAGCAGUGCCUUACUUCAGUGGUUACAGUCAACAGGAUGCACAGGAGUUUCUGAGGUUCCUAUUGGACAAGCUGCACACAGAAAUCAACCGCAGACCCUACGUUCGACGAACAGGGAAGGACCCUGAACAGAAGUAUGCCAGAUUUAGGAUUUCAGAAGAGGCAGCAGCCAUGUGGAAGAAACACUUGGAGAGAGAUGACAGCAGAAUAGUGGAUCUGUUCUCAGGCCAGCUGCGGAGCUCGCUGCAUUGCUCCGUGUGCUCUCACUACUCCAACACAUUCGAUGUGUUCUGUGACCUAUCGCUGCCUAUCCCUAAGAAGAGCUCCUCAGGGGAGGUGACGCUGAGGCAGUGCCUGGACCUCUUCUCUCAGGAGGAGAAACUGGACAAGGAGAACUCACCUAUGUGUGAGAGGUGUAACAGACAUACAGAGUGCACAAAGCGGCUGUCCAUCCAAAGGUUCCCCCAGGUUAUUGUCAUCCAUUUGAAUCGAUUCACAAUGUCUCGGUGGUCGAUCAGUAAAAGCACCACAUACGUGUCCUUCCCCCUCACUAAUCUGGACCUCGGACCUUACGGGCCUCUCGACUGUGGCCCAGUUCUGUAUGAUUUAUAUGCAAUCUGUAACCAUGCUGGGACGGUGAACAUGGGUCACUACACUGCCUGCUGUUCAGAUGAAAGUGGUUGGUGCUUCUACAAUGACUCCAGUGUGACUGCAGUCUCAGAGAAUCAGCUUCAGACCAAUCAAGCCUAUGUGCUGUUCUACCAGCGCAGCAACAGCACCACCACAACCACCGUCAGGAAGUAGACCCGAGACUGGCUGAGUUGAAGAGCCAAUCAGAGCAACUUUACCUCCGGUGUCCAUAGAAACAAACAGAAGCAGGAGUAUGUUACUCUGGCAUCUGUGAAUUUCUCAAUCUCAUUAGAUUAAAUAAACUCUGAGGCAGAGGAUGAGGAUGAGAGGGAAUGCAUACUAACUUUAAGGGUGCUGUCAUAGAUGAGCUACUUUCCUGGAGAAGCUUUUGAAGUGUGAGAACUGAUACAGCUCAGACCGACGCUGUGCCCUGGUCCUCAACGCACAGAAGAGUCUUAACUGAAACAGUUAUGACAAACUCUGUUCCCCUUGCUGGAGUGAGGGGUGUAAACACAUGUGACGCAGAGAAGACUGUGAUUCAUAAUUUCAAAUGUGAAAAAUAAAUCUCAGCUGGAUAGAUAUAGCAAUCAUAACUGUGAGCUGAAGUUUUGUGGUACUUUAAAUAAAGAUUAAUAAUCUGUAA